UGCAUGGUGAGCAGGAUGGGCGCCGAGACGGGCCCCCCAGAGGUGCCGAGGUCUCCGCAGAGAACAUCAGGGACCCCCGUGUGGCCCUGCUCCAACCCACCCCACAGCCCCAGGGCCAGAGUGGCAGAGCUCUUCGGCCUGAGGGAGGGGCUCAGUAGCCCCGCCGGCACCUGGGUCCGAGUGCUGCAGGUGCUGGGGGUCUCGGCUGCACUGCUUCUGGGCUGCCUGAGCCUCACUCACUUGCUGGGCCCCGCGCAGCCUGUGGAAGGGCCCACCGGGCCGCGGUUUCCCCCGAGCUGGGCCGUGUGGCCACUGCAGGACUCCUGCAGCCUCGCCCUCGUGGAGAGCAUCCCCCAGGACCUGCCGGCGACUGCCAACUCAUCUGCCCGGCCGCUGGCCCAGGCUUGGAUGCAGCUGUUGGACAUGGCCCAGGAGAGUGUCCACGUGGCCUCGUUCUAUUGGUCACUCACGGGGCGCGACAUUGGAGUUAAUGACUCGUCUUCCCAGCCGGGGGAGACCCUCUUACAGAAGCUGCAGCAGCUGCUGGGCAGAAACGUCUCCCUGGCCGUGGCCACCAGCACCCCCUCACUGGCCCCCAACUCCAGUGACCUGCAGAGCCUGGUUGCCCAAGGUGCCCAGGUGCGGCAUGUGCCCAUGAAAAACCUCACUGGGGGAGUUCUGCACUCCAAGUUCUGGGUCGUGGAUGGGCAGCACAUCUACAUGGGCAGCGCCAACAUGGACUGGCGGUCCCUGACCCAGGUGAAGGAGCUGGGAGUCAUCAUCUACAACUGCAGCCGCCUGGCCCAGGACCUGGAGAAAACCUUCCAGACCUACUGGGCGCUGGGGGUGCCCCGGCCCGUGCUCCCUAGCCGUUGGCCUAGGAACUUCUCCUCACACAUUAACCGCUUCCAGCCCCUGCGGGAGCACUUCAGCGGGCUCCCCACCACGGCCUACUUCUCGGCAUCGCCGCCCGCACUCUGCCCCAGUGGCCGCACCCGGGACCUGGAUGCGCUGCUCACGGAGAUUGGGCGCGCCCGGGAAUUCGUCUAUGUAUCGGUGAUGGAGUACUUCCCCACCACGCGCUUCCAACACCCUGUCAGAUACUGGCCUGUGCUGGACACGGCACUGCGGACUGCAGCCGUGAGCAGGCGUGUGCAUGUACGCCUGCUGGUCAGCUGCUGGCUCAACACAGACCCCCGCAUGUUCCCUUUCCUGCGCUCGCUUCAGGCCCUCAGCCACCCGGCAGCUGGCAUCUCCCUGGAUGUGAAAGUCUACAUCGUGCCGGUGGGGAAUCACUCCAACAUCCCGUUCAGCCGGGUGAACCACAGCAAGUUCAUGGUCACCGAACAGGUGGCCUACAUCGGCACCUCCAACUGGUCAGAAGACUACUUUAGCAGCACCUCAGGGGUGGGCCUGGUGCUGAGACAGAGGGCUACGGGCAGCCAGCCGCAGGCACUCACCGUGCAGGAGCAGCUGCGCCGACUGUUCGAGCGGGACUGGAGCUCGCCCUACGCCUUGGGCCUGGACGAACUGGCCCACAGCCAGGACUGUGUUUGGCGCCACUGAGCCUCUGGAAACCUUCAGCUCUUGGUGGAACCCGCUCUCCACCGAGUUUGCUGUCUGUCCCCAGACCUGGGCCUCAGGCAGCUGCUUCUGCCCCAGCCCUUGUCCAGGCCAGGUGCCCAAAGGCCUGGGAAUGCCAACUUUGCUUUCCAUCUCCUCUCCAAAUCCAGCUGUUCCUAAAGCCAGCCUCCUCCAAGAAGGCCUCCAGGAAGCCUCUUGCUGGCUCCCCCAGAGUAAUUGCAAACCCUUGGAAUGUG